UUCUUUUACUGUGAAGGAAAACAAAGUCUUGAUAGUCAAUACUUGAUUUUUGUGUGGACUGGAAAUCAAUAGUUUGUAGCCCGAGGGGACGGGGUGGACGCAGAGGUCCUCGAGAAGGACUGGAGGUACUAGGGGAGAUCACCCGUGACCCCUGGAGAGAGGCUUUUUGUUGCCUUCCACAGGAUGGUUUUUGGAUCCUCUUGAGAGACUCAUCUUCAUUUAAUUCUUCAAGGACAUGGGAAGAUAGGUGUAAACCCUGGAACUCUGACUCUUAAUUGAAGGGAAGCUGCUUUCUGCUAUGAAUGAUGGCCAAACCCACUUUGAGAGAGAAUGGCCCUAACUCUGAAACCUUAAGACAACGCUUCAGGAAAUUUCAUUACCAUGAGGUCACUGGACCUCGGGAGGCUUUCAGCCAACUCUGGGAACUUUGUUGUCGGUGGCUGAGGCCAGAAGUGCGUACCAAGGAACAGAUUGUAGAAUUGUUGGUACUAGAGCAGUUCCUGUCUGUCUUACCUGGGGAGAUCCAGAAUUUGGUACAGGAACAAUGUCCAGAAAAUGGAGAGGAGGCAGUGACACUGGUGGAAGAUUUAGAAAGAGAGCCUGGAAGACAUGGACCUUCGGUCACAGUCUCUGUGAAGGAGCAGGAAGUGCACUUGGAGAAGAUGACACCCCUGAAAUCAUCACAAGAGUUCUUAAGUGUUCAGCAGGAGUCAAUGGAACUCCAGCCCAGGAAUGUACCCAAGAAAGAGAGGGCAAGAAGUCCAGACCUGGGACCACAAGAACAGAUGAACCCAAAGAAGAAGCUCAGACCUUUUCAAAGGAGUGCAGGAUUUCCACUUCCUAAAUCCGGUGUGGUCUCCAGGUUGGAGCACGGAGAGCCAUGGAUCUCAGAUCUGCUAGGCUCCAAAGAGAAAGAAGUCCCAAAAGGCAGCCACACAGGUGGUAGACAAGUACAUGCUGAUAUGCUAUCAUCCAAGAGAGAGAGAAACUGGGUGGAAAAGGAUCACUGGGGCUUUGAGGAUGAGAAGGUGACAGGUGUACACUGGGGCUAUGAAGAGACCAGAACUCUCCUUGCAAUUCUUAGCCAAACUGAAUUUUAUGAGGCUCUCCAAAACUGUCAUCGAAACAGCCAAGUAUACGGGUGUGUGGCUGAGAGACUCCAGGAGUAUGGUUUCUUCCGAACCCUGGAACAGUGUCGGACAAAGUUCAAAGGUCUUCAGAAGAGCUAUAGGAAAGUCAAGAGUGGCCACCCACCUGCGACCUGCCCCUUCUUUGAAGAAAUGGAGGCGCUGAUGAGAGCUCAUGUCAUUGCUCUGCCUAGUAAUGGCCUGGAAGAGACAGCCUCUCAUUCUGGCCAGGUGAGUAGUGAUGCAGAGACUAAGGAGCCAGGACAGGAGGCCUGGCAGCAUGAGGAAGGAACAGAAACAGCUUUGGCUGAGGCUUCUGACAGUGAUGAAUUGGACCUGGAGGCCACUCCCCAGGACUCAACUGCACCUGUCCUGUUCCGAAGCCCAAGUGGUGUACACUGGGGCUAUGAAGAGACCAAGACUUACCUUGCAAUUCUUAGUGAGACUCAGUUUUAUGAAGCCCUCCGUAACUGUCACCGCAACAGCCAGUUAUAUGGAGCAGUGGCUGAGAGAUUAUGGGAAUAUGGCUUCCUCAGGACUCCAGAGCAGUGUCGGACCAAAUUUAAAAGCCUACAAACCAGCUAUCGGAAAGUCAAGAAUGGCCAAGCACCAGAGACCUGUGCAUUUUUUGAGGAGAUGGAUGCUUUGGUGAGUGCCCAGGUUGCAGUUCCAUCUAGUGAUGGCCAGGAAGAAGAGAUAGUGUCUUGCCCCAUCCAGGGAAACAGUGAGGAAGAAGCUGAGAAGCAAGCUGAGCUUGCAGAAGAGGCCAUAGAAGAAGAUUCUGAUGAUGAUGAAGAGGAUACUGAGAUACCCCCAGGGGCUGUCAUGAACCGUGCUCCAGUCUUAUUCCAGAGUCCCAGUGGUUUUGAAGCUGGAUUUGAGAAUGAAGAGAAUUCAAAACGGGAUAUUUCUGAGGAAGUACAACUGCAUAGGACAUUACUUGCAAGGUCUGAAAGGAGAAUUCCCCGUUAUCUUAAACAAGGUAAAGACAAUGAGAAUGAAUGUAGAUCAGGAAGACCGUGGGAAAAGACCCUAGAGGAGAAGAGAGGAAAACUGACACUCUCAGAGAAGAGUUUAGGUAAAAUCAUAAGUCAUCAAAGACCUUGCUUGGGAGAGAAACCCUUUAAAUAUCUCAGAUAUGGUAAAAGCUUUGGCCCAAACUCCCAUCUCACACAUCAGAUUUCCCCCCAGGUAGAAAAUCCAUAUAAAUGUGCUGAUUGUGGGAAAAGCUUCAGUCGGAGUGCCCGCCUCAUUAGACACCAGAGAAUCCACACUGGAGAGAAACCUUAUAAGUGUCUUGACUGUGGGAAAAGUUUCCGUGACAGUUCAAAUUUCAUCACCCAUAGAAGAAUCCACACAGGAGAGAAACCUUAUCAAUGUGGUGAGUGUGGAAAACGCUUCAAUCAGAGCUCAAGCCUUAUUAUUCACCAGCGAACUCACACAGGAGAAAAGCCCUAUCAAUGUGAAGAGUGUGGAAAAAGCUUCAAUAACAGUUCUCAUUUCAGUGCACAUCGGAGGAUACACACAGGAGAGAGACCCCAUGUGUGUCCUGACUGUGGAAAGAGUUUCAGUAAGAGUUCUGACUUACGUGCACAUCACAGAACCCACACAGGAGAGAAACCCUAUGGAUGUCAUGACUGUGGCAAGUGCUUCAGUAAAAGUUCUGCCCUUAAUAAACACCGAGAAAUCCAUACACGAGAAAAGCUUUUGUCACAGUCAGCACCUUAGUAAGCCUCUAAGGGUAAAUAAAGAAAAGAGCCUAAGUACAUUUAUUGUUUGGGAAGUUCCAAUAUCAAGAUCCAUCUCCUAUUCUGUGCCCAAUUGGCCUAAGAAAUAGUCCUUAGGGUUUAUAUCAUUGUUCGUUUCUUAACUUUCUUCUACACCUAUAGCCAAAUUCCCAAUGCAAUAAUUUUAAGAAUAAAAUGAUUCAGUCCUUCACCUUGCCUGUA